CUUCCGCUGGGGCAGGAGACACCCACAGCCUCAUUCUCUCAACAGUGAAGAAGGGUGCGAUUUAAAAAAAAAAACAAACUCUGCUGCUUGCCAUCACUCGGUCGACUCCCCUGUUGUCCUCUGCCACAACAGCACGGACUUUGGAUCCCUUACGUCGCCGCAAUGUGUAAAGGACUUGCAACACUUCCUGCAACAUGCCUGAAAAGUGCAAAAGACAUCAAGCACAAAAUCAGCUUCUUACUGCAGAAGCCUGAAGCCCAAGAGGCAGAUCAGAAGCAGCAGAAGCAGCAGAAAGAGAAGACAUCAUCUGCUGCAAAGAGGGUGCCGUCUGCAACCGAGGUGAAGAAAUGGAAGGAGUCCUUCAGCCACGUCAUGAGCAGUGAGAAGGGCCGGGCGGUCUUCGCCAGCUUCCUGCGGUCCGAGUUCAGUGAGGAGAACAUGCAUUUCUGGCUGGCCUGCGAGGACUACAAGAAGACAGCACCUCCCAAACUGGUGACGAAAGCCAAGCAGAUCUACCGGCAGUAUGUCGAGACGGACGCGCCUCAGGAGGUGAACUUAGACGCGGCGACCAGAGAAGAGACGAGGCAGAACAUGGAGAACGCGUGCCCGUCCUGUUUCGACGAGGCUCAGCGGGUGAUCUACGUCUUGAUGGAGAAGGACUCCUACAGGCGCUUCCUGAAGUCCAAGCGGAUCGAGGGCCCGUUUCAGACGCAGGCCACGGUGGAGAGGAAGGAGAUGAAACUGUGCAAUUUUGCAGAGGACAGGCAGGUGUUGGCCGGCGGCGCAUAAGAGUGCAAGGCGAGAAGGGGUUUGGGUUUGAUCCUUCUCUUGUUGAGGUUUAGAAAGAGCAGUGGUAUAGACGGGGGGGUGGGGCUUUAAGGUUCACAUGAGCUGACUUUUGUUUAUUUUUUUGAUACUUCUUCUUGCCCGACAGAUUUCCAUUGUCAUUGAAAAAAACGGGGUUUCUGGGGCCGACGUUCGCGCGUUCAUUGUUCGGCCGUCAGCUAUCCUGUAUUCUUUUUUUUUUUUUAAACUCGCGAUGGUUGACGUCGGCGUCUGAAUAAAUAUUUAAUAUUUGAAUGUGCACAUUAUACGGAUGUGUCAAUGUUUGCAUUGUGAAGUGUAACCGUUGCCUCUGCUUUUACCGCAAAAGCAAACACGCUGCUCUCCGCGCUCACGCCGACGCUGUAUCGACGUGACGGGACGCGAUCUAAAAAGCUACCUCCGCCCGACAGGAAACACCUUCAGGCGACGCCGCCGGGCUCCACCUGUGUGUGUGUGUGUGUGUGUGUUCGUCGACUUCCUCAUCAGUGUUAAAAAUGUUGUUGUUAUGUAAUUCAAAGAUUUGCAAGAAUAUAGUUAUACAUUUAAAAAAAGAAAAAAAAAAGUACAAAAAAAAGAAACAAAAUAAAGAGAAUAUCAUGAAACCAGAACAGCUGAUGUGGACAUGUUUAUUUAUUAUGAUUUCAUCAUGUCCUGCAUGUUGUGUAACGAUUGUGACUAGUUUAAUGGAUUUUUCAUCCAGAUCAUACUAAUGCAUUUAAAUGGUUAGUUCUGUGAUUUGUGCAAAAUCUGUAUUUUCUAGGUGGCUUUCCGUGUUUUGUUGGGAUGUACACCGAUGACAGUAAACGACGUCUGUGAAGCAAAUAAUUGUCGUUUAUCUAUUGUAUAUGUGCGAUUAUUACACAAAUAAAGUCACGUUUCUCAUCAUCUGA